AACGCUUCGUCCAGUAGUCUUCAGUGUUGAUCCCUGGGUCGGAGUUCCCGACUCAGACACACGCCAACUUCAAUCUGUGGCGAUUAGGCGGCCUGCUGAAUGCGGAGCUUAAUUGCGUGACUAUUACUUGCGCCAGGUGCUGCUGCUUUCUUAGUGGAGCAAACCCUGGGUGCUGCUUUCCUAAACCCUUGGUCGAGAUGCUUCCCGCGAUUGAGUCACGCAUCUUACUCACUACCAGCAGCAGCGCCAUCAUACCCUUGUUCCAGCGUAAGCAGCUUCCAUCUCAGCGUCUUUCGCGCCGCAUAUCCCGCAUCCCAUCUCUCAUAGUUAAUACUCUACGGAGUGAUUCCGCAGCUUCCUCCGUUUCGGCUCCCGUCGUACCGAUCCCCGCAAUCCUCGGCGCUGCUGACUCAGCUUCCGCGAUUUCCGCAGCAGCCGCUCGGCCCUCCGCGACCUUCUUUCCAGACGGGGAGGUUGGCGAUAUGGAUAUCAGCGACCAGCACACGGUAACAUUGGCGAACAUUCGUAGCUCCCUAAUUCGCCAGGAGGACAGCAUUAUCUUCUCGUUGAUCGAGCGAUCACAGUUCUGUCGCAACCGACCUGCGUACGACGCGUCAGCCAUGCCCGUUCCGGGGUUCGACGGAUCGCUGUUGGAGUUCGUCAUGCGGGAAACGGAAAUGCUCCACGGAAAGGUUCGGCGCUAUACUAGCCCCACAGAGCGGCCGUUCUUCCCAGAUGCCAUUCCGCCUCUCAUUCUGCCUCAAUUGAACUACCCCAAGGUGCUGCAUGAUGCAGCGAGCACCAUAAACAUCAACGCCAUUAUCUGGAAAAUGUAUUUUGACGACCUGUUGCCUGAAAUCACCCGAGACGGAGACGACUUCAACUAUGGCUCCGCUGUCACCAUGGACGUUCUUUGCCUGCAGGCUCUCUCAAAGCGGAUCCACUUUGGGGCUUUUGUCGCCGAGGCAAAGUUCCAGGAGAAUCCGGAUACAUAUAGAGCCUUGAUUGAGAAGCAAGAUGCGGAUGGGCUGAUGCAGUUGCUCACAUUCAAUGAUGUCGAAGCUGCCGUUCAACGCCGGGUUGAGAGAAAGGCGGCCACCUUUGGACAGGAUAUAUCUGAAAGUCCUGCAAAUUCUGCUGGCGAGGCGUCGAAAGGGGUGAAUGAUGAUGGAGCGGCGACUUCAAAUCCUAAUAAUCAGCAGCCACAGGGAAGCUUCAAGAUUCAACCAGAGGUUGUUGCGAGACUGUAUGGCCAGUGGAUAAUGCCGUUGACAAAGAAGGUGCAGGUGGAAUAUCUGCUUCGACGGCUGGACCCACCUAGCCUAUAGACAUUCAGUCAGCCUUUUGGGUGAUGUUUGUGUGUAUUUUUUUCAGUGUAUUAUCUUUAUCAAGCUUU